AUGUUCAAGUCCUACCCGUUCAGUAUUAACUUCCUUGGUUACACGGCUAUCGUGAUGCUUUCCUGCUCGGUCGUGCUGGCCGCGGUGGCGAUAGGGCUGCCUUACUGGGAGCGCUACGAGUUUGAUUUGGGCACUCAGACGACACUCACCAAACAGGGCUUGUGGACGUACUGCAUCGACUACACGCCCGAGACCUUCAACAGCACCGGGGAUAACUCAUCUAUGGUCGACGUUUGUGGCAACUACGGCGAUCUCGGCACUAAUGGCGAUCUGACGCCAAUCAGGGUGACGCGCGCGUUCGCCAUUAUCGGGGCUGUGCUGUCGGUGGCGGCGCUCGUAUUUGCCGUGCUGGCCACGUUUCCACUGAAGACCACCUACCGCGUUCACUAUGUCUCGUGCGGGUUAGGCGUGGCGGCCGGGGUGUACCUCUUGAUAGCAUUUGCGGUGUUUGUGGGCAAAGCGCGGCUUCCCGGAUAUGACAUAGACGUCUGCGUGUCGCUGGACAUCGUAGCCUGGCUGACGGCAUGGGCCGGAGCGGGAUUCAUGUACUUCGCGGUCCGCGUCAAGAUAGAGGAGGACAAAUAAUACAGUUUUGAGCAUAUAUCUGAGCAGUGGUCUGGGAAAACAGGGCUUAUAACAUGUGCGUUAAGUUUCGUCCCAGAUUGGUCUGUGUAGUCCGCCUAGGGACGACACUUUCCGCUUCUAUGGAAUUUUUCGUUUAAAGGAACACAAUAAAUCGAAAAUUCAAUCGUUCACACGGAAAGUGUCGCCGAUGAUUAGCCUGUGCGGACUGCACAGGUUAACCUUGGACGACAUUUAACGCACAUGCAGUAAACCCAAUCUUCUCAUAACGAGAUUUAUAUUUUUAAUUCAUCAGUUUAUGACUUUCAAUUGACUUUAUUUGUGUCUUGUUCAGAGAAAACUGGGCUUAAUUCAUGUGC